AUGGAGAUGGCACUGUAUGAGAGAAAUGGGCUGGCUUCAUUCUUUCUUCUCUCCCUUGAAGAAACUAUGGUUUCGCGUCAAUUCUGCUCAAAAGAAGAGAAGAGGAAUAUACAUAUUAUACGAGGACGUGAAGUCAUGUCCAUACGAAGAUGUGCAUGUUUUAUGGUCUAUACUCGUGGAAUCUCACCCACACACUCUGCAACUCAAACAAUAAUUAAAAACUCCAUUUCAUUAGUGUUGCAUAACUCUCUUUUUGGUUCAGAGGGGUCAUAUACUGAUCGAAUGUUCUCGCAUCAUGCUCAAGGACGAAACAAAGGAAAAACUUGUUAACGAGAUGAUUCAUAUAUAUAUGUUUUCUCUCUUCACUUGUACAUAUAAUAUAUAUACACAGAGAUUCUCUUUCCCAGACGGUUUAUAUCCUCUCUCGCGACUAUAUAUUUAUGUAUGUACGGUUAUAUACUUAAAUAUCGGUAUAUACAAUUUAAAGAAAAUAUCGG